GAGACGGAGAGAGAGAGACCACAGGUGAGGACGCAUGCAUUGGCAGACAGUCAAGCCUACAGCUGAUGCUAUACAUUUUCAGCACUAUAGACAGUUCCAUUCUGCAGCGCGAGCAGACAGAGGGGGUAUAAAAAGGUAGGAGCCGCGCUGCUUAGCCUGCACACCAACACUGCUUAGUUUACUGAGGCAAUAUGAGCCACAGAAUGGACUAUCAUUUGGGUUCUCCGCAUAGGGGAGCUCAAGCUGAGUAUUGCUGCUAUCAACCCAAACUGACCGGAUCCCCCUCUGCAUCCAGGACCGUUGGCUUUGGGUCGACUACCGCAUACACGAAAAGAGGAUAUGCGACGACACUGAAGAGCGAAUUGGGAGCUGUUCCGAGAUCAUCGGAGAGCCUUUUCGAUUUAUCAAACCCAUUUACCGAGGUUUUGACAAAAAUGAAUGAGAAAGAACAGCUCCAUGGGCUGAACGACCGUUUCGCCGGAUUCAUAGAGAAGGUGCGUCAAUUGGAGCAUGAAAAUGAAUUGUUUGAGAGGGAAAUCGAGGAAAUCAAACUAAAGGCACAGUCCCCUGCGUCUCUGGCCCAGGAGCACGAGCCGGAGCUUAUGGACCUGAGGAACCUAGUUCAUGACAUCACCCUUCAGAAGCGUCAGAUCGAGAUAGAGCAUCAGAACCUGGAGGAAGAUUUCCUCACCUUGAGAGACAAGUAUGAGCAGGAGGCACGUGACCGCUCGAACGCAGAGAACGGCAUCCUUGUGCUGAAAAAGGACGCCAACGAUGCAUACCUCGCCAAAAUUCAGUUGGACAAGAAAGCGCAGUCUCUGGUGGACAAGAUCCACUUCCUGAAGAAGAACCAUGAGGACGAGGUAUCAGAAAUGGUGGCCCAGAUCCAAGAGGCUCAAGUAACGGUAAAGGCGCACGACUUUGGCAAACCUGACAUCACAGAGGCUCUCCGGGACAUCCGUGUGCAGUUAGAAGGUCACGCCACCUCCGACUUUCAGCAAGCCGAGGAGGGCUUCCGUGUCCAGUUCACAAAGUUAACCAAAGCGGCAGAAAGUAACAGAGAGGCGUUGAAGGCAACCCAACAGGAGAUCCAGGAGAAUAGAAGGCACCUGCAGGGGAAAACAAUUGAACUGGACUGUGGGAAAGGAAUGAGAGAGGCCCUGGAAAAACAACUACAAGAGCUGGAGGAGCGUCACUAUGCGGAAAUGAUUCAUUACCAGGACACUAUCAGGCAGCUGGAGAAUGAGCUGACCAAUGCUAAACUAAACAUGUCUGGCUACCUGAGAGAGAACCAGGACCUGCUGAAUGUCAAAAUGGCUUUGGAUGUGGAGAUUCUCUCUUACAGGAAACUCCUGGAGGGUGAGGAGUCCCAUCUGUACACCAUGUCUGACACCCACAUCUCCAUGCCCUGCAUCUACCGCCAGUCCCCCGUCUACACCCUGCCUUGCCUGGCCCGGCAGGGAGGGCCCAUACGCAGGUCUGAACCCCAGUACAAGUUUGUUGAGGAGAUCAUCUCUGAGACCACCAGAGACAUGGAGAUGUCCGAGAACGAGGAGACAGGCUCCGAGGAGACGGUCGGGGGAGAGGGAGACGAGUUGAGACAGAAGCAGGGAGAAGAGAGUGACAAAGCUGAGAGGAGGAGUGGGGAAGAGGAGGAUGAGGACAAAGAGAAAGCUAGAGGUAAAGUGGAUGUUGAAGUGGACGCCCCGGAGGAAGAGGGUGAACAGGAGGAAGAGUCUAAGAGACAGCAAAUGGUAACAUCAGCAGAGGUCGAGGUAAAUGGAGAUGGAGUUAGCCCUAGUGAGGGAGAAAAUGGAGAGGAGGGAGAUGAUGAAAGAGAGGAGACAAAGGGGGGUGAGCCAGAUGCAAUCAAAAAGACAGAGGACAUUGACAGAGGUGAAAAUACACAAAGUGAAGUCAAAUCAGCUGAGGCCACUAGUGAGGGAGAGAAUGAAAAACUGGACACAACAGAGAAGCUAGACAGCGAGAUAAAUGAGACAUUAGAAAAAGAUGACACCCCAAAACAUGGCAAAUCCCAACCAGGGAUUCCCAUGAAUGGUGACAUCUCAACAGAACCCAAAACGUCAGAGUCAGAGGAUAGCAAAACAGGAAGUUCAAUAAAGGGUGAACCACAGGGCCCCACAGAGGACAUCUCCAAAGAACCCAAAACGGUGUCAGAGGAGAGAAAAAAAGAAAUCCCUUUAAAAGAGAGACAAAAUGUAGAUCUGAAAGAGGAGAGUGCCCCAACAGAGCAACAACAAGACAGCCCAAAAGAAAGUCCCAUCAAAGAGGGAAAAAAGGUAGAUCUGACAGAGCAGAAUGCCCCAACACUGGAGCAGAAACCUGAUCAGAAGGAGCACAGAGAGUCAGACCAACCUCAAGAGGCAGAGAGUGCUGUGACAACACAAGAAGAGGAUCUCCCUGAGCCCACAAAGAAGGACAUGGAAUCCCAUGAUAACACUGCAGAGCUCAACAGCAGUUCAACCAAGGAGACAGUGGAGCAGGUGAGAGGAGACAUCCCUAAACCCGACGCCACUGUCACUCCUAAAGAAGAAACAACCCUGCAUCCAGAGCCAACUGUCACCCCUAAAGAGGAGACAUCCCCUAAACCGGAACCCACUGUCACCCCUAAAGACGAAACAUCCCUAAAACCGGACCAAACUGUCACCCGUAAAGAGGAGUCAUCCCCACAACAGGAGCCAUGCGUAACCCCUAAAGAGGAGACAUCCCCUAAAUCGGACCCCACUGUCACCCAUAAAGAAGAAACAUCCCCUAAACCGGACGCCACUGUCGCCCCUAACGAAGAAACAGCCCCGCAACCAGAGCCAACUGUCACCCUUAAAGAGGAGAUAUCCCCUAAACCGUACCCCACUGUCACUCCUAAAGAGGAGACAUCCCCACAAAAGGAGCCAGUUGUCACACCUAAAGUAGAAAAUUCCCCAAAACCAGAACCAGCAGUCACACCUAAAGUAGAAAAUUCCCCAAAACCAGAACCAGCAGUCACACCUAAAGUAGAAAAUUCCCAAAAGCCAGAACUAGCAGUCACCCCCAAAGUAGAAAAUUCCCAAAAGCCAGAACCAGCAGUCACCCCUAAAGUAGAAAAUUCCCAAAAGCCAGAACUAGCAGUCACCCCUAAAGUAGAAAAUUCCCAAAAGCCAGAACUAGCAGUCACCCCUAAAGUAGAAAAUUCCCAAAAGCCAGAACUAGCAGUCACCCCUAAAGUAGAAAAUUCCCAAAAGCCAGAACUAGCAGUCACCCCUAAAGUAGAAAAUUCCCAAAAGCCAGAACUAGCAGUCACCCCUAAAGUAGAAAAUUCCCAAAAGCCAGAACUAGCAGUCACCCCUAAAGUAGAAAAUUCCCAAAAGCCAGAACUAGCAGUCACCCCCAAAGUAGAAAAUUCUCCAAAACCAGAACCAGCAGUCACCCCCAAAAAUCAACGACCACCCCUAAACCAGACUCAACCCCUCACCCCAGAAUCAACGACCACCCCUAAACCAGGCUCAACCCUCACCCCAGAAUCAACUACCACCCCUAAACCAUACUCAACCCUCACCCCAGAAUCAACGACCACCCCUAAACCAGACUCAACCCUCACCCCAGAAUCAACGACCACCCCUAAACCAGACUCAACCCUCACCCCAGAAUCAACGACCACCCCUAAACCAGACUCAACCCUCACCCCAGAAACAACGACCACCCCUAAACCAGACUCAACCCUCACCCCAGAAUCAACGACCACCCCUAAACCAGACUCAACCCUCACCCCAGAAACAACGACCACCCCUACAGAAGAGAGUGAAACGAUGGGCAGUGGUGACAAAGCUAAGACAAUCACACCACCAGAGAAACAGAUGCCUGCAGUUGUAGAGAGCAAGGACUCACACAGGGGGGCGCCAGAAAGCAACACAACUCAGGAGAAACCAGAGGAACGUAUGGACAAAGCGCCUGAGAAGGUUACAGAACCCAAAGACAGAGAGCGUGAAGACCAAGGCCUCUGA